AUGCGCGGUCAGCAGGACGUGCAUCAUGAGGCCGAUGAGAGCAGUUCGGAGCUGUGGCUGCUCACGAGCUACUCGCUUCCCCUCAUCGCCACAUACCUGCUGCAAUACUCCUUCUUCGUCAUCAUCACGGUGGUAGCCGGCCACCUGGGCCCCGACGACCUCGCCGCCGCCAGCAUCGGCGUGACGACCAUGAACGUGGUGGGGCUCGCCGUCUUCGAGGGCAUGGCCACGGCCCUCGACACGCUGUGCGCCCAGGCGUACGGCUCAGGCAACCCGGCCGCCGUGGGCUUGCACGUGCAGCGCAUGCUGCUGCUGAUGGCGCUGGCGGCCGUGCCGAUCGGGCUGUUCUGGGCGUGCUCGCCGUGGGUGCUGCCGCUCGUGGUCAGGCAGCACGACGUCGCCGUGCGGGCGGGGUUGUUUCUGCAGUACAGCCUCGUGGGCCUGCCCGGAUACGCGGCGUUCGAGGCGCUCAAGAGGUUCCUGCAGGCGCAGGGUGACUGCAACGCCGGCAUGGCGGUGCUCAUCGUCUGUGCGCCCGUGAACGCGGUGCUCAGCUGGGCGCUGGCCUUCCCGCUCGGCAUGGGGCUCGAGGGUGCCGCCCUGGGCGCGGCGCUGAGCAACAACCUGCGGUUCAUCCUCUUGCUGCUGUAUAUCGUCUCACCCCUGGGUAGGUGGUCGCACGGCUGCUGGGGAGGCUUCUCGAGGGAGGCUCUGAGGAAAUGGGGCACCAUGGUCUCUCUGUCUACAGCGGGCGCCGUCGCAACGCUGGCUGAGUGGGGCGCGUUCGAGAUUCUCACGCUCAGCACGUCUUAUAUCAGCACGGAACAUCUGGCCGCCCAGACCAUCUUGACGACAGCAACAGUCAUCCUCUGGCACAUCCCAUUCUCCAUCAGCGUGGCCGUCAGCACGCGGCUUGGCCAUCUCAUAGGAGGCGGUCUGCUCCCGACCGCAAGGCGUGCCACACACCUCUACCUGGUCGUCUUCGCCGUCGUCGGCCUCUUCAACGCGACCCUUCUCUACGUGUUCCGCCACCAUAUUCCCUCCAUCUUCUCUGACGACGCCAAGAUCCAGGCGAUCGCUGCCAACAGUUUCCUCACCGUCGCCCUGUUCCAGAGCGUCGAUUCUGUUCUCUGCGGCACACAUGGCCUGAUGCGCGGCCUCGGGAGGCAGGAUAUUGCAGCCUGGAUUGUCUUCGUCAUGAACUACGCUGUCGGAGUUCCGCUCGCCAUGUGGCUAGAGCUGGGCCCCCUGCGAUGGGAGCUAGACGGCAUCUGGGUUGGCUUUGCGGUCAGCACGGUGGCCACUUCGAUCGCGGAGGGGAUUUACAUGAGGUGCUUGAGAUGGCAAAGGUGCGUUGAAAGCGUCAAGGCAAGAGAGGAAAUGUAG